GGUGGCAGGAAGGGCCAAACCCCCCACGCCCUCCCCCUCAGGAUAACGCCACCGGAGUACAUUAGAUCCUACUUCACUAUUCAGGAAUGAUUUGGCCAAACAUGAUUGUUUAGAAAGGCCCUGUUUGGAUAAAAAAAUGCUUUUCUGGUUGAAUCUUUUGGGAACGUAUCAACCUGUUUUGGUCUCUUAACAGACUUUAGGUGUGUUAAUGGCUCUUGGAGUGAUUUUGAGCGUUUCCUGAAUGUUGAAACGACGUAAUGUUGGAAUUCUGGAGUUUAAGUGAUUAGAAUGGAGAGGUCGUCUCCGAAGCAUCGAAAGGGUCGGGAGCUGGAGGCCAAAGAGGCUUGUGAUUGGCUCAGAGCAGCGGGGUUUCCUCAGUAUGCUCAGUUCUAUGAAGCCUCUCUGUUCCCCAUCGAGAUCUCCGCUGUGAGGAGAGACCAUGAGUUUCUGGAUCAUGAUUCUCUCAAGGCAUUAUGCAGGAGACUAAUGACCCUGAACAAAUGUGCUGCGAUGAGCUUGGCGGUUCAUUUCCAAUGUAAACAGCAAAGUGAGGAUUCUGAAGAGGAUGAUGCGUGUGCUCUGAGUUCCCGCUGGGCAUUUCAGCGUGAGAGUAAAACAUGGUCUCGUCUCCGCACCCUUUCACCCAACCCUGUCGUUCCUGGCAGCAGGACCACAACCUUACGACCCUCAGGAAGUAGUGAUAGUGUGCUGAGUGACAAUAGUCUCCUAGACGUCACCUCGCUGACCUCUGACCUUAGCGCUAGCAGCUUGAGUCUGGACAGUACCCGGGAAACAACUUCUCCAGAUGUCCCAACCUUCAGUGAGGUCAGAGUAAGAGAAGACUCAUCGCCAGUUUGUGUCUCAACCAGUCAAGAUGAAAAUGACGAAGCUGGAUCCUCAUCUUCCUUGCUGUCCAUAACAGAAAAGCCCAAGCGUCCAUCUAGAACGUUCUUAAGGAGGAGAGAGUCCGUAAAGAAAAGGGAUCGUGAGAAAACGACCGCACCUAAAAGCAGUUCAACGGCAGCUCGACAUCAACCCCCCGCAGAUCUGCGCUGCACAUCUGAUGCAAGUUUGCCCGGAAAAACCACAAGCAUGUGCAGAACCACCAAAGACGUUGCAUGGAAGUCACAUACGAUAUGCCGCAGUAAUGUUAGUCAGCAAGCUUCUCUGCCUCUUAUCAAGCCUCGCAGAGGAUGCCUUUACCUGGAGGACUACCAGUUAACUUGGGAGAAGCCCAAGUUAACCAAUCAAAAAAGUCAGCCGAGGAAAGAGGAUCGUGUGGUCCACCUCCCAUUUGACCACAAGCCUGGAACGUUUCCAAAGUCUCUGUCAAUAGAGAGUAUCUAUCCAGUCUCCAACUCCCAAAGUCCUGAUCAUAUUGACUGGGCAGAAGAUGGAGAUCUGUCAUUGGAUGGGAGCGUUAGUCACAGUGGGUCACAGGACUUUCUAUCCUCUGGUUUUGCGAAAAGAAGGAAUUCCGUGAGCUCCAUCGGAAGCAUAUACGACAACGUUCCGGAGGCAAACGGCAGACGGUGUAACACGUUCGACCCUGGAAAAGACAAAACCUUUGAGCAUCUAGACGACAUUUUAAAGCAUGUGCAUGGGCUGCAGCACAACAUUGAUGAAUGGUCUCGCUCGCUCGGUAUUCAACCACCAGACCGAUCCAACGAGACUGAGUCCACGGCAGACACAACACUACCCAGCAGUUUGAUCAACUCGCUUAACUUUGAUGAGCGUUCCAUGUCAGAUGUUGGAACGACAGCAAGCGAUUACGAUAGUGCGGGAAACUCUAUGAAUGAGGGAGAAGGAGAAAUGAGAGAGAGGCGGGACUCUGGAGUGGGAGCAUCGCUCACUAGGCCAAGCAGAAAGUUGCGUUGGCACAGUUUCCAGAACUCUCAUCGUCCCAGCGUGACCUCCGCAUCUUUAGAGAUCAACCGACAGUCGGCUGCUCAACUCAACCUGCUGCAGAAGUUCAGUCUCUUACGGCUGACCGCCAUUCUGGAGAAACACACGGACACCGGCAAACAUGGCUGGAACUGGGUGGUUCCGAAGUUUAUGAAGCGUUCCAAAGUUCCAGCUUACAGAGACAAACAUGUAUUUGGUGUUCCACCCAUCGUAAAUGUCCAGCGAACCGGUCAGCCCCUCCCACAGAGCAUACAGCAGGCUAUGAGAUACCUACGCAGCCAGUGUCUGGAGAAGGUGGGGAUAUUCCGGAAAUCCGGCGUUAAAUCCCGCAUCCAGGCCCUCAGGCAGCUCAACGAGAAUUCCCCCGAUCAUGUGACCUACCAGGGCCAAUCAGCUUAUGACGUGGCUGACCUGAUUAAACAGUACUUUAGGGAUCUGCCUGAACCUGUGCUCACCUCCAAACUUACAGAUACCUUUUUGCAUAUAUACCAAUUCGUUCCAGCUGAACAGCGUUUACAGGCCGCCCAGGCAGCUGUAAUCUUGUUGCCUGAUGAGAACAGAGAGGUUCUACAGACGCUGCUCUAUUUCCUCAGUGACAUCGCAUCCGCGCAGGACAACCAGAUGACUGCAGACAGUCUGGCCGUCUGUCUCGCUCCAUCCAUACUUCACCUGAACUCCUCCAAGAAAGAUGGAACUUCACCAAGGCUUAUGAGCAGAAAGGGAGUAGCCAAGCCAGACCACAAGGACCUGAGUGAAAACAUGGCAGCCACACAGUGCCUUAGUCACAUGAUCACAGAAUGCAAAAAGCUAUUUCAGAUCCCUCAUGAAAUGAUGCUGCAGUCCAGGAAUUCGUAUGUGGCUGCUGACGCCCAGCCGCUGCCUCUGCAUGGGCUUGGAGUCAAUGCCCUGGGUGAGCCCGUGGAUUACAGGGGGUAUCUGGAAGACAACAUUCAGUGUCUUCUCAGAGAGACAUCCGAGCGGAGUAAGGGCUGGCAUCACGCUCACGGACCUGAUAACACUGAACUGGCUUAUAAAAAGGUAGGAGAUGGGCAUCCGAUGCGUCUCUGGCGUGUUUCGGUGGAGAUGGAGGCUCCACCUGCCGUGGUGCUGCAGCGCGUUCUGCGAGAGCGCCACUUAUGGGAUGAAGAUCUUCUGCAUAGUCGCGUCAUAGAGACUUUGGAAAACAACACAGAGGUCUUCCAUUACAUCACAGACAGCAUGGCCCCUCAUCCUCGCAGGAACUUUAUAGUGCUCAGACGUUGGUGUAGUGAUCUUCCGAAGGGGGUGUGCAUUCUUGUGUCCUCCUCUGUUGACCAUGAUAACGUGCAGCUGGAGGCGGGGUUACGGGCCGUUCUUCUGACAUCACGCAUCCUUAUUGAGCCAUGCGGAAUGGGGCGGUCCCGACUUACACAUUACUGCAGGGCCGAUAUCCGGGGACGCUCACCUGAUUGGUAUAACAAAGUAUUCGGUCACCUUUGUGCAAUGGAGGUCGCCAGAAUACGAAGCUCGUUCCCUGUUUUGUUAGCACGCGGACCAGAGACAAAACUUUGAAUGGGGACUCACCAGGAAUCUAAGACCCAUCGGUCUUAUUCUUGAAUUGGGUAUGAAAGUGAGAGAAAUAAAAGUGAGAGAAUUAUGAAAGGUAUUCAGUUAUGAUGAAAGUGUAAGUGUGAGAAACUCAAAGGGUGGACAAGAAUGUUUUAAACUGCUUAUUAAAUGAAUGAAAAGUAUGUUAUAUUGAUUAGUAUAGUUGGACGAUGUAGUUAAAGGAAUAUUCCAUUUUCUUAAAAAAAAAUCCAGAUAAUUUACUCACCACCAUGUCAUCCAAA